GGGAGAUGAAGGGGCAACAGAGGGAGUGGGACAGGGGGAGGGAUGAGAAGGAAGGGGCCGGGCUGUGGGGAUAGAAGUCUGCUUUGAGUAACACUUGCCCUGGCCCUGACAUUUCCAGCCUGGGUUUGUUUCCUCAUUGGAGUCGAGUAUCAGCUGGCGGCCACAUUCCACCUCCUCCCCUCCCCACCCCCCCUGCACUCAUCCCAGCUUUAUUUCGGGAGAGGAAGUUUGUUGGAGCUGCAGACUUUGUGUUGGUAGACUGGCCUAAAGGCGGCAGCUGUGAGCGGGGAGCGGCCGGGAGCCGGAGCUGGAGCUGGGCUUCUCGUGUGUGACGGUGCUCUCGGCCUGCUGCUGCCUCCAAGCUGAGGCCCGGACCUUGCCGAAGGGUCAGGAUAGAGGCGGAGGGGUUGAGCGGGGGUCGAGGCCCUGACCAUGACUGCGAGACCAUGAGCGUCUCGCUGGAGGAGAGUCUGCAAAGCGAUGCGGAGGGGGUGUGGAGCGCUGACAUUGAGCACAGCUUCCAGGAGGCCCUGGCCAUCUACCCGCCCUGUGGCAGGCGGAAAAUCAUCCUCUCCAACGAAGGCAAGAUGUACGGACGCAACGAGUUGAUCGCCCGGUACAUCAAGCUGCGUACAGGGAAAACACGGACCAGGAAGCAGGUGUCCAGUCACAUCCAGGUGUUGGCUCGUAGGACAUCACGUGAUGUUCACAGCAAGUUCAAGACUCGCGAGUUCUUUCAGUUCUGGCCGGGUGCUGUAGCGUCCGAGGAUGCAAGCUCCUGCCCAGACAUGAAACCCUUCAUUCAACAAUCUUUUAAUCUUCACCACACUCCUAUCUCAGGUUACCAGGAGGCCUCCCUCGGCCACUCGCCAGCCGUCUCCCACCCGCCGUGGCAGGGCCGAUGUAUCGGGACUCCGAAGAUCCGCCUGGUCGAAUUCUCGGCGUUUGCAGAACACCAGCGGGAUCCAGCAACUUAUAACAAACACCUCUUUGUCCACAUCGGCCAGUCGUCUCCAUCUUACGGUGAGACCCUUCUUGAAUCAGUCGACAUUCGCCAAAUCUACGAUAAAUUUCCAGAGAAGAAGGGAGGCUUGAAGGAGCUGUUUGAGAAAGGGACACCAAACACCUUCUUCUUGGUCAAGUUCUGGGCUGACCUCAGUCUUGAUAUUCGGGAUGGAGCGAGUUUGUUCUACGGGGUGACCAGCCAGUAUGAAGGCAUUGAAAACAUGACCAUCACCUGCUCCUCUAAGGUCUGCUCCUUUGGGAAACAAGUUGUGGAGAAAGUUGAAACAGAGUACGCCCGGUUUGAGAACGGCCGCUUUGCGUACCGCAUUCAGAGCUCCCCCAUGUGUGAAUACCUGGUCAACUUUAUCCACAAGCUCAAGCAACUGCCGGAGAAAUACAUGAUGAACAGCGUGCUGGAAAACUUCACUAUUCUGCAGGUGGUGACCAACAGAGACACGCAGGAACUACUCUUGUGUGUCGCCUACGUCUUUGAGGUCUCAACGAGUCAACACGGAGCCCAGCACCACAUCUACAGACUGGUGAAAGACUAGACACUUAAAGCCUUGCUCUAAACGACUCUAAUACACAUCCAAGAGGUUGGCUUAGAUCAACAUAUCACCGCCUUGCCUUUCUGAUGUAUCUCCAGCUGGAAUUCCCGGGCUGGUCUCGUUGGCGAGGCCCGAUUUCUCUCACAACACGAAUAAAGCCUCAUGCCUGGGUGUGUAAGGACAACGGUCGUUCUCCAAGACUUUCCACCGCUCUUUGUGAAAACGACAGCAACAUUUAGCUUAACCAAAUCACGGCCACGACCUAAAUGGUUGACACAGAGGCCAGGUGUUGUGUGUGUGUGCGUGUGUGUCUUUGUAUGAAGGUCAAUCUGCUUACGGGGCUUUUGUUGUUGAUAAACGGGGCGGCACGGUGGCGCAGUUGUUGCCUCACGGUGCCAGAGACCCCGGUUCGAUCCUGACUACGGGUGCUGUGUCUGUACAGAGUUUGUACAUCAUUUUCGCCAGUGACCACGUGGGUUUUCUCCGGGUGCUCCGGUUUCCUCCCACACUCCAGUCCUGCAGGUCUGUAGGCCAAUUGGCUUUGGUAAAAAAAAAUUAUAAAUUGCCCCUAGUGUUUAGGAUGGUGCUAGUGUGUGGGGGGUGAUCGCUGGUCGGCACGGACUUGGUGGGCCGAAGGGCCUGUUUGUGUGUUGUAUCUCUAACGUCUAUAGUCUCAAUGUUUUCUUUAUCCUCAUUGCUGAUUGGAAAUGAUGUCAAGUACUUGAAGUUUAAAUCAGGAAACCGAAGCUGCCUGAGCCCGUGAUAAUGGAGAGUUAAGGAGACAUUGACCUUGUGUGUGGGAGACAGUGUGUGUGUUUGACUCUGAAGCUGGUGUGGGGAAGAUAAAUAAACGGACUGCCGAUGAUGCCACAAUCAA